UUUACUCUAUGGUCAUAUUUUGACUGAUUAAUGACAUUUCGCUAGCUAAAAAUGUACUCUGUGUAUCCAGCCAUGUUGUUCUUUCUCGUAAUAAUUUUCCUCUAGUUUCUACGAGUGUUACUUAAAAUGGUAGAAUAUUAAAUGAAUAGCAUUCUCUGUGUGUAUACGGACAUCCUAAAAGUGUCUCAAAGAGUUUAUUAUCUUAUUACGAAGGUGCUGUAGUUACAGUAAUCUUUGAAUUACAAUGGCCAAGAAAAAGGUGAAAUCUAAGGCUAAACAACCAUCGAAAUCAUCUGUAGCCCAGAACAUAAGUUCGGAGGUGAUAGCUGCGGCUUAUAGCCCUGCUGCCCAACCAGUUUUCAUGAAAGUUUGUCGCCUGUGCGAAAGCAAAGAUGGGCCCUUUCUCAACAUCUUUGACGCUGACAAAGUUACUGCCAAAAAGAUCGACGAAUUGAUGCCUUUCGGGAUUACAGAAAAUGAUGAUCUUCCACACAAAAUUUGUUUCCGGUGUUCAGCAAAAUUGGAAGAACUUUACGAAUUUAUACAGAAAUGUAUCAAGACACAAGAGAGUUUGCGCUCAUCAAUAGGUAAGACUGGCCCAUUUCUCACUAAAACCAAAACUAGAAAAGCUUGGGAAGAAAAGUUGAAUAAAACUAAUAUGAGCAAUGAUGACAUCUGUGAUGCUUUGAUAAAGAAAGCAAUGGAAGGUAUAAAAGAUAUUCCUCUUACGUCACCGGAAAAAGAAGAUUCACCUCCACCACCUAAAAGGGUUACUAGAACUGCUCAAAGAUCUGAGACAGUUGCAUUUAAAAAAGAAUCUACGUCUGAAGAAGACGAGGAAAGUGACAAAAAUAAUAAAAAAAUUGUUGUGCCCCCAGAAAAAGUUAAUACAAAAGUACCCCCUUCUAAACCAACCGCUUCUAAGCCACCUAAAUCUAGUAAUAGGACUUCUGGUACUCCGAUACAACCCAGCAUUAAUAAAAAUACACCACAAAGUGAAGCAAAACCUAGUGUAGUGAAAGUUAAAAACAAUUCACUCAUAAAUAAUUUGAGCUUUGAUUACGAAGAAGAAAAACCAUCUAGUGAUGACGAAAAAUCGGUCACAAACGAAGAAAAGUCAUCCAAAAAAGAAGAAAAAGCCAAGGAGGUGGAGGCCGAAAAACCUUUUAAUAUAAUGGACCACAUAAGCAUUAUUAAAGUAAAUCAAGUUGGUGUGCUAUUUCAGUGCAAAUUCUGCAAUAGGAACUUCCUGAAAAAAGAAGUAGUCGAAUCUCACAAUUGUGCAAAAAAUGGAAUUCCGAAACAGAUGCCUAAGACUGACCCUAUUCCAGAACCUCCUCGUGUUUCUACUGUUAAAUAUAUAAAACUAGAUGGUGAUUUGAAAAAGCCAAACUCAUGGAAGUCCUAUUCGUAUGAAAAUGGUCAUUCUUCAAGUGAUCAUAACUCAGGUAUUACAAAUAGCAAUAAAAAUAUGGAUAGUAAUAACAGGAUAGAAAAAGAGCAUAGACCAGAAGAAAAUGUUCAACCUGUUCCAAAAGUAAAACCUAAACCAAGAAUAGGGCCAGCAAGCAAAAUCAGGCGCUUUGAAACUGAUUCGAAUUCAGGGUCUGCUCAAAAUGAUUCCGAUUCUCAACAAUCACAUUCAUCUAACGUUCAGUCACCCUCGGUACACAUUCCUUCUGCGCCUAAUCUGAACGGUCGCUUUAAAUUAGUUCCUGGACCGAAUAACAUAUUCACCUUGGUAGAAGACACAGUAGCACCUGCUACAGAAAACCAAAAAUCUGGCAAGAAACGAAAAUCUGAUAGCGAAAGUGAAUUAAAAUCAAAGGACCGUAAAAAAGAUUACCAUGAAAAAUCUAAAAGUCCAGAUGAUGAUAAACCAAAGCCAUACCCGGUUGGAUUAUUUCAAACUGUAGCCCGCCAGUGUGAACCUAUAAAUGUUGCCCCUCCGACCUCAUUUACAACGCCCGCCAUGAAAAAACAGUCUUAUACUAUAGUUCAGACUGGGAAUCCCAGUAAAUUACUAAUAUCAACAAAAGCGCUAGCUCCCCCCGUAGAAGUGCCUAAAAAACGCCAAAGGAAAACGAAACCUGAAGUAAGAGAAGAUGUGGAAGAGCAAGAACCGUUUCGAGUCACGUUAGAAGACGUGGCACAUCCGAAGGACACAGGUUUCUUUACCUUUAUUAAUGUAGACCCUCUUUUGCAACCAUCCUAUGUUUUACCCACAGAUAACAUUAUACAAGAGUCACAAAUUUCUACUUCUACAGCUCUUAAUGCUCCAGAAAGCAGUAAAGAAAGUAAAGAUAAAGAUAAAGACAAGUAUUCAUGUAACAUGUGUGGAGAGAAUUUCACAAGGGAGAAAAAGUUGCUCGCCCAUAUACAGCUUCAUUACACGAAGAUGGAUGAAGAGGAUCUUUUAAGAGCGGAGAAGGGUUCUACUAAGAAGAGAUCAAGAAAAUAAUAUCGGUAGUUUUGCGGUUAUUAUUAGAAGCGAGAUUUAUUCACAUUUAUAAACAAUCGGGCCUUAGGCGCGAUAUAUUACUAAAAAGAUACAAUACCUCUACCGAAAGAAAAAAGUAUCGUACUUUUAUAGUAAUACUAGCUGUUUCCCCGCGAUUUCACCCGCGUUCCGAGUGAACCGUACUAGGACAAAAUAUAGUCAAUUUUACUCGGGAAUAGUCUUCUCACCAGUGAAAGAAUUUUUGAAAUCGUUUUAGUAGUUUCGGAGCCUUUACGGUACAUACAAUAAAAAAAUGUUUCCUCUUUAUUAUGAAUAUUAGUAUCAAGCUUAAGUCCCGAUUGUUUAUGAAUAUGUGUAUGUCAACGGAAAAUAACAAGACUCGUAAGUUGAUCAAUUUUCUAGGUAGUUGAUCAACUCUCGGAAAAUAAUAAACGGCAGUUGAAAUGUACUAUUUAAUGCAUUAAAUUUUAGCUAAUUGGUCAACUUACGGUACCUAGUCUUAAUUUAAUAAUUAACUAUACUACUACAAGUAGGGCCAAUCGUUGCCCAGUGUACUAUUUGACGGUACACUAUUAUCCGUCAUUUAAUACAAAUUUUUCUGAUUGGUAUAUCUUAGUGUUUAUUCAUAGAGCUUCUAACCAAUCAUCGUACACCUUGCCUUUGUCGGAUGACUUCACGGCAAGACGCCGUAAAUUAAUCAACUUACUAAAAUACAUACCUACGUUAAAUAGUACAUUUUAAAUGCCGUUUAUUAUUUUCCGAGAGUUGAUCAACUACCUAGAAAAUUGAUCAGCUUACGAGUCUUGUUAAUUUUCCGGUGACAUAUACAACUCCGGGAAAACCUUUCAGUGAGAUUCAUUACUUGUGACUACAGCUUCUGUCAAGGACACAGCAGUAAGCUCAGAGUAACGUUUUCUGUCGCGCAGUAUUGUGAGAUAUUGCCAACAAAAUAAAUAACUCAAUGUGAACGUUUCGACUGUUAGCGGGAAAUUCAAAAUUAAAUGUUUUUUUGAUGUUUUACUUUUGAGAUAUUGUCAUUCGCGGUUAUUACCGGUUAAAUAUAUUGAACUCCGAAAGUUCUUCCAAUUCGAAUGUGUAACCCGGUAAACUUCUUAGUGGAAAUAAAGAAAAAAAAAACAUUUUGUUAUGUAUAUUCCGUUAACAAGCGAAGCAUUCACCUUAAUUGUUACCUUUAUGAUUACAGUGGUGCAAAUGUUCCGAAAUUCUUUCGUCAUUAUAAUUUUCACGUGACAAGCAUCUAAUAAAAAAACUACAAGAUGCUGUUGCGAAAAUGUAACAAGAUUUCGGUAAAACUUUAAUUCUAUUAAAUGUUGUAAAUAAGUUAAGCCGUGAGCAUGAUAGGAAAUAUAUUAUUUUUCCCUAAAACUUGCGGUAAUGAGUCGACUGUAAAAUUGUUGUAAUAUUUACAGUUUACUUUAAACGAUUAGUUGAGUAUUUGUCAGCCGCGGGGAUAGGAUUAGAAUCGGGGAUAGGAUUAAUUUUCCUCAGUCCUGGUUUAUCCCCAGGGCAUUUUCUCCUCAGGCAUGGACCCAACUAAUCGCUUUAACGUUAGCUGGGAGAUAUACUACGUCCGAUGUAUCUUGGUGAGACUAAGGUGGGCCGACUAGCAGUGUGUAAAUAGUUAUUUGGAAACCUACUGUCCAUCUAUACAGCUCACCUUAGACUCCAAAUUGCAUCGGGCGUACUGUAGUUUGGUUAAGUUUUCAUAUAAAAAGUUUAUUUCUAGUGCUGCCAGAUCUAAAAUGAGUACCUAUAUGGUAGAAAACAGUAUAUUCAACUAACAAAGUUUUCUAUUAUACCUAUAUAUACUUUUUUCUACCAUAUUUUUCGUUUUGCAAUUUUUCACUGUCGCCGAGACUGAAUGAAUGCAGUCAAUUUAAGGACCUCUUGAUUUUAAGUUGUUUGAAAUUCAAACUAAAUAUCAAUUUCGUACUAGAAAGGGCCACCUUUUUAAGAAAGUUUUAGGAACAUGUUAUACAGAUAUUUAAAGUAUACUUUAAUGUUUACACAUUUUGCAAUGUGCAUGUGGAACUUAUUGUAUUUCUAAGAUUAAUUUAGAUUAUAAUAGUAAUAAUUAAAAUAAUUAUUAACUGUUUCAUUUAGAUACAAGUGUAUCAUUCCACACUGUUCAUAAUUUAUCCUCCGAUAGGUUUACGAAUGGAAACUUGAUUGAUUGACAAAAAUAAUUCGUUUAAUUUUUUUUUUAUAUUAUUAUUCAGGUGGAUGCUUCAUUUUGUAGCGGGAAAUUCAAAUACAAAAUGUUUUUCGAUGUUUUGCAAGAAUGAACUUUUGAUGUGAUUUCUUCAAUCUGGUUUUACUCCAAAAGUUCUUGCAAUUGACAUGUAGUACGAAAUAUUGCAUAAAAAAAGUUUAUCAGAUACUAUUUGAACUUUCGAACUGAAACAAAAAUUACAUUUAGGUAUUUUAUUCCCGCGAAUUAUAAGAUCACACCUCAUUCUAUUGUUACUUAGUUAAAACAUCACAAUACUAUUUCGUUUUGAAUUUCCCGCUACCAGUUGAAGUAUUUAUCUUAAUUUCGUUAUUUGAGAAUGUAACAUAAUUAUUAUGUGUUUUUUGUUCUUAGAAGCUUUAAUUUGUAUUUUUUUCUUAUGUGGACGUUAAUAGUUAAUAAGUAAAACGUAAUUAAAAUAAAUGUGGUGGACCUAACCAUUACAUGAUACAAAUA